CCUGGCUUCAAACAACCCGUAUGGGCAGAGUCUACAAUGGAUUGUGUGCUGUUUGCCACGACACCUGGAAAUUUUUAGCCCAAACUGGAAUCCUCAACACCUCUUCCAGAAAAAAAAAAGAGAUCCAUCCGCGCUUCUUUAUCUCUACCCUAUUUCUCUCUCUCGCUUUGUUCUCCCAGGUCACAACAUGUUAAUUAGUUAACUUUCGCUAUCAUUUCGACAAAACUAAAGCGGAAGUGAGUAAAGGUACUUUCCCAGAAAUAUACCAGUAUGAUGGACGAGAAACCUAUGCCUGUUGAGGAAAUUUCGCUUUCAAUCUCAGAACCUUGACGAUUUUCUCGGCCCCACAUAAGUUUUAGCUGACCUCUGAGAAACGUAUCAGCAUUUCGAAACUCAGCCAAACCACACAUCGUUCAAAAACUUUGUUUUCUUAGGCUUCGACAAGGAUUUACAUGUUGCAGGAUACAAUGAGUUGUGAUUUAGAAAGCCGUUUAAAGGACUUAGAGGCAGUUCUGAACAGUGAUCAAGGUAGGCAUUUGGGGGGUUCAACUCCGAUUUUCAAAUUCAACGCUCAGUUCAUUAGCUACUUUGCAUAACAAGAGAAUGUGAGCUUCGGCCUUUCCUUAGGAUUUGUAAACGAAUGUCAAGAAGUGAUUUGAAUUGGUCGGGAGCGUUUAUCAAGAGUAGGAGUGAAAGGAGAGCAAGGAACGCAUAGAUUACACAGUCAAAAACAUAUUACGGUACUAAUAGAGAGCCAUUCUCGAUGAGCUGCUUAAAAAUUUCGAUGACGGAGUUGGCGAACCGAACAUUGUUACUUUCACUACAGCAAAUGAAAAGCUGUGGAUAUAUGGAUACGUCCGUUCUCAGACCUGUCUCGCUGACAUCAUGCCUUAUCCAGUAGAACUUCAGUCUUUGGUAUUUAACUCUUUCUAAUGUAUCAUUAGGGUUUGCUUUUCAAUUAAAUGCUUUUUAAAAAGAAAAUUCCCGGCAUGUUCAGCAUUGCAAGUUUUAUUCAGCAAAUCCUGGUAAUAAAUAUACGUGUAUGAUGCUGAAUUCAUUACAUACGAUCGGUACAAGGGGCAAGAAAGCCAACAUGUAUAAAUUCAUCUGAGACUGAUGCAAUGACUGUGUAACAUAUGUGUAUGCAUGGAGGUAGUUAUAUGUGCUCGUGAAAAGGUGCAUGAAAAAGACUUCAAGUGAUUCCAAAGUAAGUCAUCAUUGAAUUCUCCUCAAUGGUUGCUAUCCUAUCUAGGAAAUGUACCCGAUGAUUUUUUCACAUUCAACCAACCACCAUUACCUGAUAUUCGAGUUGAGUUGUUCGACUUAAAAGAUGUCUAUGACAAAGUUCAAACAAAGGUACCAGGUAUAUCUGAACAACGCAUAGCAAAAGGAUGGGUUAAUGGUGUUGCCUGGUCAGCUGGUCAAAUAAAUAGUAUCACAGUACUAGUUCGACGCACUCCCGAGGCAGCAGCAAGAGUCAAUGAUACAAUAGGUUGGUAAUAUUACUGUAUGGAUCGUAAAUUCCAUUUAUGAAAUUCACAAUGUAUAACAUAACAUUAUUUGACACUCAAGGAUAAUAUAUGAAAGCUGUCUACCAUAAUUCAGUAAAGGAGUGCAUGAAAAAAGCCCUAGGCUACUACCUCAUGCAUUUAGUAAAGCAAAAGGUAAAUCUAUCGGUAGAAAAAAGUUGAUUGAGAAUUACUCUAGCAACCCUUAAAAUAAAAAGAUUUGGAAAGCUUUGAAUUUGAGCCCAAUUGGAUUGAUUCAUCACUAAUUGGUAAUAAACUUGUAGAUUGUUUUCUCAGGCUUGUAAAGUGAUAAGUACAUUCAUACUUACACAAGGAAGCAGUUACAACAUCGGAAGUGCAAAUUGUUUUAAAAGAAACAGGUCAAAACUAUGCAUCGCAUAUGUAACUUGCUCAUCAUGUAUUCAAAAUAAUCUCAUACAUAGACUUCCUAAAUGCUAAUUAUCACCAGACCAGAAGGACAGAUACGUGUAUGACACAAACAGUGCAUCUAGAAUGUAAUUUUGAAAACGUAUCAUUGAACAUUUACCUUUCAUUUUCCCAUCCAUUAUAUUUUGCUUAUCCAGGGUAAAUAAACCCAUAGAGAAAAAAAACAGUAAAAUACAUACAAACAUGCAUAAUAUACUUAAUUUAUAAUCAUAAAUUGGUUUAAUUUCAACAGGGUCUGUGGAGCUAAAAGUAACUUACAAAGAGUACGGAGCGCAGUCUGUAAAUUUCUCUUUCAACCUAGACUCUGCUUACAAGAAUUCAAAUGGAGACCCUGUUUACAAGCUUGCUAAGGUUGAAACAAACACAAGAAAUGUAUGGCACCUUAUCAUCACUGUACAACUUAUUGACGGCUCACAGAUAAAUUUUACCUCAAAAGAGUUUCGCAUCAGAACAAAACCAAAAACACUUAGAGAACCUGCAGGUACGAAUACAAAGUAAAAAAGUUAUUAUUUCCAAUUAAAAGCAAGUGAUAUGAUAAAGAGUCACAGCACUUGGAUUCACACCUAAACGGUUGUGCUGAUUCUAGAAAAUAUGACUUUUUUGUCUUGUCACAAGAGUAAAAAAAUGAAGUACAUGUACCUUACUCUACUUUGACUGAUUUUAUUUACACAUUUUGUCAUUUUAUAGCCCUUUGUUAAAAAUGUAUAAAUCAGUAUAAUAAAGCUAUCUAUACACAUGCAUAAUAAAGACAUAACUAAGAAAACAAAAAAAAUUUGUCUACUAUUAGGUAGUAAAUCUUCAGAAGAUGUUAACUGUUAUAGACAUUUAUGUUAUUGUUCAUCACAGGUUUGUAUAUAAAUGAAUGUUUGAUUGUUUGUCUCCCAAUGAAGAGUCAAGCAUUCAUGGUAUUGAUCACUAUCAAAUGCAUAUGGGAAUACUUCAAUUGAUAGCUUAAAUCUACAUAUUGAGGACAUUAAUUGUAACAAUAUUGUCUGUUUAACAAUUGUAUUGAAGUUAAGUAUAUCUUCAUUUUUAGAUACAGAUGUUGAGAAAGCAAACAAGAGGAAAAGAUUUGAGCCAGGUACAUUUAAGCCAAUAAAAGCUAAUAUGGCAUACAUAAUAAUCAAUAUAAAUGUUUUUGUUGAAUGGAUCACUCCAAAAAAGGUUAAAAUUUUAGUUUGAAUAACACCAACUUCUAGAAUUUUUACUUGCAAAGUAGCGUACUAUGCCAUCCAUAUCUUAAACAUUUUAAUCAUCAACCAACUGGGUAUUUAGACAACAUGUAGCCAAGUUAACUUUUAGUUGCAAAUGCUAUUUACUUCACUAAGCACAAAUGUAUGCAAUAAAAUCAAAAACUAGUUAUGGCAUAUUCACCAUCCAAUAUAUACUCAACAGGAAAAGAAAAAUUAUACACUAGAAUACAAUCACAAUAUCUUUUGUAAAUUUAACUUUAUCCUAUUCCCUCAAAACAAACCUCAACACAACAUAAGUGCAAAAGCACCCAGCAAAAGGUCAUCACACAAACUGCACCUUUAGGGGGGCAGAAAAUAGAGGAGGCAAAGAAAGGUCUAAGUACCUCCCCAGCCCCCCCCCCCUCCUACAACAAACACAAGAAAUUCUUGCAUGCUUAUGUUCUUUGUGGUUUUUUUUUUUACCCCUUCAGAUCAAUUUUUGGGAGGUUCAGCUGCAAAUCCUUCUCCUGAUUCACUAUAUUCAGGUACAGUGUAACAAUGUGCUGCUCCUAAAUUACCUUCAAAUGGACAGAUUUUUAAGGGUUUUGUAUUAAGCAUUAAGAGGAUUUCAAAAAUGGUUUUUUUGUCCUGGGGUUAAUGCCCUAGAUUUAAGAUUUAUUUGAUCAUAAUUUGAUUGCUAAGGCAAUCCAUCUGCUCCAUAUGACAUUCUGAAAGAGAGUAAAUUAAACUUGCAUACACUUUAUCAUAAAUGGAUGAUUUAUAUGGGUCUUUAAGUUAGCAAGAACAUCCAAACAAAAAAAGGUUAACCUGUCAAUUAAGUCCUUUUGCCUAUGAGACUGUUAUUGCCCUCCAUAUUCUCAAGGUGGCCACAAACUAUGACCUGAACUAUACACAUAUUUAACUGGACAACAUAUUCAAGGUCACCAUACAAUAUUGCACACAUAAUAGAGCAUCUACAGGUGUACAAAAGGGAAAUUUAUAGGACUUAGCAGCAACAUUUGGAUGAAACACUCAAUAGUCUCUCUAUGUAAGUAAACAGGGAAUGGGCAUGACUUGGAUACUUUGAAACAUAAAAUGAUAUUUUUUCAACCAAGAGCCACACCAAAGUACUUUAUGUAAUUGAAUUGACCAUAGACAAGGUAUCUCUUUGUGGUCUUAGCAAAAUCAAAUGUUUCACUUCAUAAAUUCUAUGUUGAGCUUCAUUUUUCUUUGAAGAAACAAUGGGUUCCACGUUAGAUCUUGCUAAAGCCCAGGUAGGAGGUGUAAACCAUGAAUUAGACAUGUAUGGCAACUUGCAUGAUCAAGUUGUUCAAUUAUUUUACUGCUUAAUUAACUAGGUCCUGACAGCUCUCCUGAUAGAUUGAUGGUUCAAACUGACAAAAAUAGUGAGUAUACUGCUAUUAAUUUCAAUCAACUUGUAUGGUUUCAACACUUGAUGAUAAUGAUCAGACCAACAGCAAUUGACUUUGCGUACUGCCAGUCAUUUUAUGAAGUUGGUUAAGUUAUAAUUAUAUGAUAUCACACCAACUGCAUAAAGAAAUAUAUACCAUUGAAUAAUCCUGAUACAAAUAACAUAAAUAUAAAAAUUAUUAUUAGACUCAUCUUCAUAUGAUAAGUUAAUGCCAAAUAUUCAAAAUAAUAGUAAUAUUAUAAAGGGUAAAUAAAUAACAGAGAAAAUUGGAAAGAAAUGGGUUACACUCCUUGCAAAGAUUAUAAAAGAUUAAUUUCAAUGUCAAGGAUGAUGUGAAGGACAAUAAAAAUCUUUGCUCAACUGUAAGGGUUUCAUGACCUUCUUGCAUCAUUUAAGCUUACUACCAUUACUUAUUAGAGUUGGUUGUAAUCUUUUAACUGAGUUUUGCCCAUAAAGGAAGUGUUGAUCACCCUGUUCUUAGACUUUUUUUUCAACCAUCACUUUUUAUUUCAAUUUUUGGGUUUGCUUUCCUUGAGAGGCCUGGGAUUGGGAUUUUAUAAUACAAAAUAUUAAAAGUAACACACCUGUAAGCACAGCACUCAAAACAUCACCUUAGAAAUAGCAUUUCUGACUUCCACAGUUCAUGAUAGGCAAUUGACACUGGCUGAAUAGAAGGGAUCAGUAUAUACUGAAAUUUAAGAGAAAACAUGAUGGCACCAAGGGUUAGACACUAUUCAGGACAGGGAACAGACUGCUAUCCAAUAAUUGUGAUACCUUUGUUUUGUCUAGGGAGACAAAAAAUAAGGUCAAUUGUUCACAUAAUAAUGUAAGGUAUUCAGGGGCUAAAUCUAUCAGCCACUUAAAAAAUAUGUGAAAUCAAGUUCUUAUCAAGGUUGAAAAUAAGAAAGGAAACAAACUAUCAUUGCCAGCCAGCAGUAGAGGAGCCAGCAGUAGAGGAUGGCUCAGGCAUGUUCAAGUCUUUCAUCAAAAUGUCUGGAGAUCAGCGUAUCACUUUCAUUUCACUAUAAUCAACACUGCAGGCACACAUAAUAUUGCCUAAUUUUGAAAUAAAUAGAUUUCCAUCAUGUUGCCAUGUGCCUGCCUUGUAAUCAAGCACAGAUGAUAUCAAAAUGUGAUAAGAACAAAAAAGUGGCAACCAAAGCAAAGUUGAGUAUUUCACUGAUGUUCUUAUCACAUUUUGAUGUCCUCUGGGAUCUAUUACUGCGCAGAACCAAAGCAACAUAGAAUCUUUUAGAAUUUUUAUUGAUAAAAAAGCAAAGUGUUUUAAGUGGUGAUGUUAUCUAUGUUUCCAUCCUCUGCUGGAUUUUAUAAAGUAAGAAUUAUCCAAUCAAAAUAUGUGUGUGUGUUACUCAGCUCAUCAUAUAACAUUAUUUGACAAUACUCACUGAGCUUGAAUAGAAUAAUAUAGUUACCAAUUUAGUGCAAUUUCACUGGUAGUUGUUACACCAGAUGUGUUUUGUUUCCAAAUAAUUUGUGAUAAGUUUAAAAAAAUUCAAGAAAAAUUUGUCACCCUUUUUUCAAAGUCACUUCUUGAUAUUUCAAUCACCUACACCAGAAUAGGGCAAUUACAGGGUUAACACAGCAAGAAUUGUGACUCAAUCCUCAGCCAUUCAAGAACAUCUCUACAAUAUCCUAUACAAUGUGUGUAUUCUGUAUGCAUUACCUCGAGUUUCUAACCCAGCCCCUAUAAAUCUUUAAGUCCUCUUUCCAACAUAAGUUUUUAACUAAUGUUAAGCUUACAGCGAAACCUAGUCAAAAAGAAUUUUAUGAUAAUCAUUCAAAACAAUUGCAUGAUCAUUCAAAAUAUUCUUUCUCAUUUCAAUAAUUAUUCUCUCUUGGGUUGAAGGACUAAAACAUUUGAUAUAAUUAUCCCUCAGUUGUCUUAAGAGGAACAAAUAUUGUGAACUCUGUGCUAUUUGUGAAACCAAUGAAUCUCGUGAAUUUUACUGGUUUAAUUCAAAGUCAUGUCAAAAUUUAGAAAGAUACAUUUAAUAAUUAGGAUGACAUGGUAGACUGGCGUUUCACAUAUUGGUUUGUCCAACUUCACGCUUCUCAAUUCGCUCUCAACUACGAAGACAAUUACGGCCAGACUAAGCAGUUACAAUUUCGUACUUGUAUCAAAUGUUUUUCAACUCUGUGUUGAACCAUUCGCAAUUUUUCGUAUUUCAUUAUGCAUGCAGUUCUUGGAUAAUGUAAAGAAAGAAUGGCAAAAACAAUAGGUAGAUUGUCUUUGAGACUAGAGUUUUAGUAUAGUAUAUAUGAGUUAUAUUUUAUGAGGAAAUCUUCCCCCUUCUGAAAUAACAGGAAAGUGAGCUUGUAUUGGCGAGCCGGGGAAACGUUUCCGUUCAUACUUCGCCAAGAUAACCUACCUUUGCAGCCAAAUAGUCACUCCUUUGUUUCUCUUUGCGACGUGAACUCAACCUUGUGCGGUUCGACUAUUGAGGUCAUACCUAGCUAGGCCGGGGUCAUGUUUUGAAUAUCUUUAGGACUGUAUUUAUCGACGGUCAUCCCAGAGAUAUCAUCUCCACACCAAUUAACUUUGUUUUCACGUUUAAAAGAAAGAAAAAUAGAAAAGAGGUGAUAUUUGUGGCUCUACUCAUCGCAAACGCGUACUUCACACUUCCUUCCAUGUCCUGUUGUGAUGAGCUGCGCACAGUGUGAUAAAUGGCAGCCGUGUCAAGUUGCGACAGGGGUUGUCCAAUGUUCCCGCGCUUUUGGCGCCGGUGAUUGUAUCCCAAGUAUCAAUCACAGACGAUAAAAUCAUAAUGGACAUAAUUGCCGGGUCAAAAGAAAUGUUAACACUUAUAGAUUAGUAGACAGUCGACUCCCGUUAAUGUGGAUAGCCUUGGAGGGGGAUCUGGUGUCCGUAAUGGCGGGAGUUCGGGGUACGAGAGAACAAAGAUUGCUUUGUAUCUAAACAUGAGAAAUAAUAUGUAACUAAGAAAACAUAAACUUUCUAACGUGGCGGGAAAUUCUCACGUUUGCAACUAACUGAAGAAUGGUCUCUUUAUUUCCUUUAUCGUAGUGUCGUUUUAUAUUAUGUGAGUCAGGAUUUUGGACGAAGUACUCGAGUGUCUGCUAUAACGAGAGAGAAAACUAGUGGAAUGUCGCACUGGGGGGCAUGAAAGCGUCGUCAUUUCCGCAAUAGCGAGAAUUCAUAAUUACGGGAGUUCUCUUCAUUCAUUCCUUUAUGCGUUUCGCCGAGGACUGGCUCCUGUCCCCAAUGGCAGGAUGUUCGCAGGGCGAGAGUCGACUGUACUGGCGCAAUAUUUCGUUUCAAUAUCGUACCAAACUAAAGUGCCAUCUAAGCACUGUAACUGCAGAGCACAGUAUUGUGCACAGCUCGACACACUAAAUACUUUCAUCCUUAAAGAAAUGAAAAGUGUAGAGAUCAGUUCGUGAUCAAAUUCUUUAAUUCUAUUUUGUAUAGUUUUGACCGAUUAUCUGGAAGCACAGAGGGCUCGCAUCAACGAUUUAAGGGUCGCCAAGUGGACAACAGAAGGUGCAGACGUCGCCUAUCAUCUGAAUCUUACAGAAUCUUCAAAAAGACGGCCUGAUCUGGAGGAAGGAGAUGUGAUUGCCUUUUUGACGAAUCGCAACACUGGACAAACAGAAAUAGAAAAACUGACACACGAGAACUCAGCACGAGCAGUCUUGGCAGGUGUCAUCAGUCGAUCCGCUUACAUAUACGCGCACGCACCACGCCACAACAGUGAGAAGGGUAAUGAAACAACUCGAGUUCAUGGAAUAUUUCAACAUAACUGCAAAAUUACCGCGCAUGUUCGGCGUAUUGGUCAGAAAACGAAUUUGAGACUUUCGCGUAACCUACUCACUUUUCUAAAUCACCAGCUAUACCUUAUGAUUGUUAUUUCGCCUUUUGAUCUCGAAGUACUGACUCUGUGACCUCAACCGAUGGAAGAAACUUAAGAUUUAUCAAAUUGAGACAUCUUAUUCGGUCAAACUCGUCUCAUCUAUCAUAGGGUGGCGUAAAGAACAUGAUUUUUUUUCUUGAUUGAGCUUGGGACUGAAAAGAAGGAAACACUACAUCAAUUGUAGACUCGUCUCCCUUCAGCUUUAAGGCUUAAUGGAGCAAGUGAAGCCCCGGUUCUUGUAAUUUCUUACAGCCCACUAAAUCAUAGUUUAACGUACAGGAGGUUUAAAGCUAGUAUUCGGUAUAAAAGAAUUAUGAAACACCAGCUAGGACACUUAUAAUUUCUCAGUUCACGGAGAGUUAUAGACGUCUCGAGAAUUUGAGAUGGUAAGAUUACUCUGGAUUGUUCCUCCUUUCAGGCAGUACUGAGACGGUUUGCGUUAUCGGCGUGGUAAAGGUUAAAGUCGUUGGCACCGUUCAGAAUGGAGAGCGUAUAUAUGUCGCACUGCAUCAUCCGGGUGUUGCCAUUCCAGAGACGCAGAUUCCGUUACGACCCAUGGCCGACCGCCGUCCAGUAUUGCUGGGUCAGGCGCUUGAGAGCAAAUCGAGUUACUCUCAAGACAAAGUUCAGCUGGUGCAGUGCUUUGUGUCCAUAGUGCUCGGCAUUCAGUCGGGUCAGAUUAAUAACGCCAUAGAGGACCUUCAGGAGAAGAUGCAGCGCAAGUUUGAGGAUGUUGUGGUAAAAGACAGAUCAAAGUGGAUCAGAGGUGACGUAUCGUCUGUUACUGAGUAUAUCUGGGGCACUGAAGAAGGUGCACAGUUUCAUUUGCGUCAAAUGGUGGAUUUAUGGGAAGCUAAGGAUUCUGGAGCUGCCCCCUUCUAACUUUAAGUUUGAAAUUGACGCCUGCCGGGUAGAGGCAUCCUGCUCACUAAUAAUUUUUGGGGAUACUUUGUUCACAGUGGCGUAACUCGGACCAUCUGAACUACGAAAUGAGAACUGAAGGUUCUAACCUACAUCGUUGACGUCAUCUUAGUCUGUUACAGACUGAGAAUCGAGACGGCGAGGACGCUUGUAACAGUAGCAGUUAAAGGACCGGAUGAGACGUUUCUUUCAUACACAGUAUCGUAAGAAAUGUCAGAGUGAUCUCACAAAACACCUGAGCUUCAAGUAAAUGAGGCCAAAAAUUGCAAAGAUGAGGGCAGAAUGAUUAAGAUAGCCUAGCUAAGUUAUUAAUUAUUAUCCAUUUAUUUUGUGUUUCUGAGCGGGCAAAUUACCAUUUCUUUUUCGUAUUUAGGUCUGAAAUGGAAGAUUUCAAUUUUCCUUGUCAUUGUCGGACUGCUUUCUGGCUUGUUGUACGAGUUUCUUGCCCCAGGAACUUGGUUCCAGUAUCAGUUGUGUAAACGAGGGUGCAUCAAGGGUCAUUCGGCUACCUUUAAAUUCACAACACAUGAUAUACAAGUAAGUAUCACACAGCCAGGAAUUAUAUCCCUCGAAUCCUAAGUCACGUACAGUCGAACCUGAAGCAUCGUAUUAAGUGAUUAGUUGUCAAAGUCCCAAAAUUCUUUCUCCAUAAACGCUCCAAUUUUCACCUCUAUAAGCGGUCACCCUUUUCUGGGUUUCAACGGCCUGUUCGUACUGACGUCCACCUGUAUUGGACGGUGAAACCGCUGAAAUUAAACUAAGAAAAACUAUCAAGUAUGAUUAAUCCAUGUUUUUAUUUUGAAAUCAGUGCAAGUAGUAUUUUUGGGCGAGUCUAUGUACUUUUGGUGAUAAAUAAUGGUAAAAACGGCGUUUUUAUCAUGUUUUGUAAUACCUCUUUAUUGCAAGAACCUGUAUUAGGCGGUCAACCUGUAUUGAGCGGCCACCACGUUAUUCCCCGUCGGUAACCGCUUAGUACAGGUGCGACUGCAUAACAUGCUUAAAAGUCUUCUCAAUUUAGUUAUUUCGCUGUCUCAGAUGAUUUUGGUUCUCCAUAAGAAAGUGAAGGGACAAAGAGGAGUAUCAAAGCUUGGAAUAUUUCACCAAAACAAAUCAACAAUAAGAUUACGAGCUUGAGAGAUUUUAUCGCGUGAUACUUGAUGCGGGUGACGCUUACAUCAACUAUCAAGCUUAGAAAUCGAUCACAGGUAAAAGCUGAUCGUUUUCCUCUACAUCCACUCGUUGUUAAAAACUUGACAACAAUCUAGCUCGUUAUUUAAUUUUUUUCUUUAAAAUCAACCACUGUUUGGCUGCUUACUUGAAUCACUAUGUAGUGCAUUAGAUUCCAGCAUCAAUGAUAGAACACCAUGCAAUAACAAUAAUAACCAAACGUCCAUUUCAUCUUUCUCUUCAGUAUAUCAAAGUAUAUGGGCUGGAAUUCACGUGGGAGAAAUUGAAGAAGAAUAAAAAUCUGGAUCUUGAAGGUUGCCAACCAUUUGACGCUACAGCUGGUAAGAACUUAUUGAUCAGUUGUUCAUUCAGUUAAUUCCCUUAAUAUCUAGUAUUUAGUUUCCUUUUUUAGCUUAUUCAUCUAUGUAACGAUUAAGUGGAUCUUUGCAUGGCAGUUGAUUGGUCCGCCUCGACUAAGAAAUUUGCAAAAUCAUCAUCAACUUACCCUUACAUUUUGUGCUGACAUUAAUAAAGUGCGAAUGUGAGUAAGGAACUUGUCCUUGAAAUUAAGAGAUCCUCGCAGCUAAGAAACAUAUCUAAAAUCAUAAUAUAUCUAAAAUAUAGAAAUAUAUCUAAAAUCCUCAUUUAUUACUUGGAUGGUUUAUUUGGACCCAACACAUUGACCAGCUCUCAGUUGGCUUGUUAGCUCAGUUGGUAGAGCGUUGCACCGGUAUCGCAGAGGUCAGAGGUUCAAAUCCCGCCUGAAUUUUUUCAGGUCCUAUUUUCAACCACUCGUUUCAGUAGUGUUCUUAGCUGCGAGGAUCUCUUAAUUUCAUCUCUUCACCGCAGUGCAAAUAUAUGAAUUUCAUAUAGCUAAAAUCAUCAUGAACUUGUCCUUCUUCAGUAGCAAAUAAUCAACCAAGGCCAUCCAACACUAAUCACGUGACAGUUUUCAUUUACCAAAGAGAUUUCCUUCCGUUAUUGUCUUUAGGAUUACACCAACCCAUUGCCUUUGAAUUCCUUUUUUUUCUGAACUUACUGUUGAUUAAUUAAAACAUAACGGACACAAAUCAAGCUACUUAGGGAACGGUUGUUAUUUAUCGCCGGAGAGCUCGAGAGGGAGGGGGGUCGGAGGAUUUUGGUUGAGCCCCCCUAAGGCUUUGUAAUAUUAUUAUGAAUUCUCUCCCCCCCCCCCCCAUCAUUGGCAGUUAAGGGCAGUCAAUUUUCCAUAGUCCCCCAUACCCUUUUAGCGAAGACGGAUCCCCACUUCGUUCGUUCCAACUGAAAACCAUGUGGUCACCCCCCAAAGUCUUAUUCAUAAAGGCAGUCGGAAUAUUUUUCUUUCUGUGAAGUAAUGUUCAUUGAUGAAUUUUGACUGGAGUGUUAAUUUUCUUUCUCCUUUUAUUUCCCAUAAGGCUACCGUUAUUACCUAAACUUGGAUCGGUGUGCCUAUGGCGAACGGAUCGUUUUGAAUCACAAGCCACCGAUACGCGGACCUACGGUUUUUGCGAUCAAUUCCAAUUGCUCUGCAGUUUAUUUCGUAAACAAGGACAAAUGGCAACCGUACACUUCGGCAGAACACAUUCAGCGUGUGCCACCUUGCGUCUAAACCGUGCUGCACUUCCUUUUUUCAUUUUAAAUUUGGCAAUAAAUUGAAGUUUGAUUUCAAGUUUAACGUUAACUGUGGUCAUUAGACCGAUAGCAGUUAAAAAGAUUGGCUCUAAGCACAACCAGGUUGUUAUUAUACCCAAUUGCAUUUCCAUUUUCUUUCUUAGAUUUCUCUAAUUGAAAGUUACUUCGAUAAGUAAGGCGAGUAUUUUGGUAAGAAGCAGUAAAUUGUGAGGUUAGUUACCUAGCGACGUAAAGAUGUAAAAAAAAGAUUCAAAAAAAGACGUUUUGGCUGUGUAACAUUUAAUGUGCUCUUGUUCCCAAAACGAUCUGGAAAGAAGUUUUAAGUCGCAAGGGUAGUUAUUUAAAGCUGUAUUAGGGUAGUUAUUUAAAGCUGUAUUAGGGUAGUUAUUUAAAGCUGUAUUGACGUGGUGAUUAGUAAGAUACUGAAGUACAAUAAAAAUUUAUAUUCAUACUUAGAACGAAUGACACCUUACUUGACCACCACAUCGAUGAGUCCUUAACUAUCGAUAUAAUGAACCAGUCAUCAGUUAUCUUCUAGGGCUGGAGUUGGAGGAUUUUGGUUGUUUCACUGAAUUAAAAUUACAUGAUUCCCCAAUAGGAUUUUGUAGUAAUCUAACGAUCCGCUCUCAUUGGUAGUCACAGUUUCUGUGGUCCUUCCUUUUAAAUCUGUUACAGACGACUGAACCCCCUCUGCUCCCCCUGGGAAGCAUGUGAUCCCCCAGAAUCCUCCAGACCCCCACCCCAGGCGAUGACGAGUGA